AUUAACCUUUCUUCUACUGAUUUUUGUGAGUUCUGAAAAAACAGCUUUGGCCCGGAAAGAGAGACGGGGCUUUUUGGCAGUGAUAAUGGCUAGACGACGCGCAGGAAUAGGCGCCAUCAACAAAGGAAAGAUAGACAAGGGGAGAUACUCGGCCAAAGCCACUGAGAUUGGAGAACUGGAGCUGUCUCACGUGAGCGGGCAACUGGACACGUUCAGAAAGCAACUCGAGGCGUUUGCCACGAAGCACAAGUCGGAGAUCAGGAAGAACGCAGAGUUCAGAGGUCACUUUCAGCAGAUGUGUGCUCGUAUAGGGGUGGACCCUCUGGCAUCCAGUAAAGGGUUUUGGGCACAAACAUUGGGCGUUGGAGACUUCUACUAUGAGUUGGGGGUGCAGAUAAUAGAGAUUUGCCUUGCGUCGAGAGAGAGAAACGGAGGGCUAAUGAGUUUCCACGAUCUUCAACGAAAGGUUCUGGCUACCAGUGGAAAGACGAGACAGGACGUCAGUGAGGAUGAUCUUGCCAGGGCAAUCAAGAAGCUCAAGAUCCUGGGGGCGGGGUUUGCAGUGAUUCCAAUGAAGGGAGGGAGGUUAGUUCAGUCUGUUCCCGGUGAACUCAACAUGGACCACACUGCCGUGCUACAGAAAGCAGAGGGGUCUGCUCAUACCAGUGUCUGUGAGUUGGUGAAAGAGUUGGGGUGGACUGAAGUUAGAGCAAAGAGCAUUCUGGAUCAUUUGGUUCACGAAGGGAUGGCGUGGGUGGACGACCAAGGUGGACCAGAAAGACUUUAUUGGUUUCCUGGUCUUUUCGAGACUAGAGACCCCAGCGCUAGUCUAUCUAGCCUCAGAAUGUAGCGCGAGCUCGAGCAUCACUUUCGCAUUAUAUGCGCAUGCGCGAAUUGAUUUGACGGACGCGCGCGGGAAACGGGAAAGAUGGCGGCUGAAAGAGAGGGUAGAGAAGCUCUGUUCGACGCUGCUGUUUCCGCGUUGCUGCGCGGUUGGCCGGCGCUCAAGAUGGCCGUGAGCAACCAGUUCGGCGGUCCUCAGAGUCAGGCCAAGGCCACGUGGAUGGAGGGCGCCACGGCUCAGUGGAUGAGAGAGAACGUUGGUGUACAGGCGGAUGAGCUAGAGACGUUCCUUGAAAUUCUACUAGACCAGGAGUUUGACACCAUCGUAGAUGAUGGGAGUACACCAGAGGUUGGUCACGUGACUAUCACGUGAUCCUGGAGUGAAUCACAUGAACCUGUUUAGGUGUCUCGGAAGAUCUGUGAUCUUUACCAGAGCUGCUGUAGUGGAAACGAAGCUAGUGUUCGGACAUUUUUAUCCUCACAACCCCUCCCUCCCCCUCUCGUCCCCUCUAAUAAUCCUCUUCCCUCAUUGGAUGACACAAUGGAAGAGGAAGCAGAAGGGAGUGGAAGUGUUGAAGUUGUGAUGGAGGAAGAGAGGGGGGAGAAAGAAGAGGAGGGAGACUGGGAAGUGGUGCGAAAAUCCCGAAGGAGAAGUAAAAAUUGACCGUUUCUUUUCUGAUCACUUUUAUGCCAUUAUACCAUCAGCAACUUUAUUUAUUCAAUUGUAGAAAGACAUACAACAGCGAAAUGAUCCAUAGCCCAAAUAGUACAUUGAAUGUAGUCAUGUGGCACAUUACAUCAUAAUGACAUCAUCACAUUCCCAUGCCU